UCCUGCAAUCUCGCGGGAUUUGCGCUCAGGCCUCGCUUGCUGAUCAUCGAUCACAUCCAAAUCCGCGGGCAGAGCGGUAUCUCACGGGUUUGAAAUUCUCACUCAUCAGCGGCAGUGCUGCGAUUAGACGGGUCUGCGCUGCUGCGGGGGGCGGGGCACCGGAUACGGAGAACACGCCCCUUACAAUAUGGCUACUGAGAGCAGAAUCCCGCGGCUUGUGAGCCUGCAGCUCCUGUAAACUUAUGGAGAAGAAGGAUUUUGAGACAUGGCUUGAGAACCUUUCAGCGUCGUUCUUCACACUCACUGACCUGCAGAAAAAUGAGACCCUGGAUCACCUGAUCAGCCUGAGCGGCGCUGUGCAGCUGCGUCACCUGUCCAAUAACCUGGAGACUCUGCUGAAACGCGACUUCCUGAAGCUUCUUCCCCUGGAGCUCAGCUUCUACCUACUGAAAUGGCUGGACCCCCAGACCCUGCUCACUUGCUGCCUGGUGUCCAAGCAAUGGAACAAGGUGAUCAGCGCCUGCACGGAGGUAUGGCAGAUGGCGUGCCGCGGCCUGGGAUGGCAGAUUGACGAAGCUGUGCAGGACACACUGCACUGGAAGAAGGUUUACCUGAAGGCUGUCGUACGUAUGAAGCAACUGGCCAACCAUGAAGCCUUCCAGACCGCGUCCCUCAUUGGACACAGCGCCAGAGUAUAUGCACUUUAUUAUAAGGACGGCCUCCUAUGUACAGGUUCUGAUGACUUGUCUGCAAAGCUGUGGGACGUGAGCACCGGCCAAUGUGUCUACGGUAUCCAGACACACACCUGCGCUGCUGUCACCUUUGAUGAACAAAAGCUUGUGACCGGCUCAUUCGAUAACACUGUGGCCUGCUGGGACUGGAGCUCAGGGGCCCGAACACAGCACUUCCGGGGCCACACUGGUGCAG